CUGCUAUCAGACUCGCCUUCUCUCUUGCCAUCGUUAGCCCGUGACAAAGACGCUUGUUUCUUACGUUUUUUGUUGAUUUUAAUGGCUGAGACGACUAAAGGUAUCUGAUGACAACAAAAACAGCUCCCACAAUGUACACCUUUUUGAAGAGCCGCAUUGCUCCAGCACACCCUUUGACCCUUGUGAUCAUUAGCGGCGUCCAAAGCGGAUUCAUGAAUGAACUACGUUCUGAACUGGAAGACGUUUGGACACCCCAGGCUGUCCCAGAUGAAACAUCUUCAGUUGAAGAGCUGCCCAACUGUCCCGGCCCGCAGUGUUUUAUUACACAUGUGCAAGGUCCAAAGAUCAGCGUGAGCAUGCGUCUGGGCGGUGGGCUCCCGGGCUAUAAAAACAAACGCCGUGUCACCGCCGGCGACACUGUAGCCUCGCUUAACGCCAUCAUGGACGCCAUGCAAGGCUUUGGGGUGAGCAGCACCCGCUACCUGCAGACCAACUACCAGGACGCCCAGGGCUUGUUCCUCUGGGUGUCCUGGGCGGCGGACCUCAGGAACACCUUCUUCAUCUUCUUCCCGCUCUGGUUCCCGCUGCGGCCCUCGGUGGGAAUCAAACUCAUCUGGGUGGCGGUCAUCGGAGACUGGCUCAACCUGGUCUUCAAAUGGAUUCUGUUCGGUGAGCGGCCAUACUGGUGGGUCCACGACACGCCUUACUACGCCGACGGCGCUCGCCCUCACAUCGAGCAGUACCCCAUGACCUGCGAGACCGGGCCAGGGAGCCCUUCUGGGCACGCGAUGGGAGCGGCGGGCGUCUACUACACCUUGGUGACCUCCAUCCUCGCCAUCACGGCCGGAAGGAGGAAACAUGGCGGCAAGAAGUCCAACACCAACAGAUACCUGAAACCGGUUCUUUGGACCGCGUUCUGGGCAGUCCAAGUGUGCGUGUGUCUGUCCAGGGUCUUCAUCGCCGCCCACUUCCCCCACCAGGUCGUCGCUGGUGUCAUCACAGGCAUGAUGGUGGCCGAGGCCUUCAACAGAACUCAGUGGAUCUACAACGCCAGCAUGAAGAAGUACUUCUACACCACACUCUUCCUCACCUCCUUCGCCGUGGGCUUCUACCUGCUGCUCAAGGCUCUGGGCGUGGACCUCCUGUGGACGCUGGAGAAAGCCCAGAGGUGGUGCGAGAAGCCCGAGUGGGUCCACUUGGACACCACGCCGUUCGCCAGCCUCCUGCGCAACAUGGGCACGCUGUUCGGCCUGGGCCUGGGCCUGCACUCGCCGCUCUACGCCGAGACCAAGAGGACCGGCGGCGCGGUGGCCAAGGCGGGCUGCGUGUUGGGCUCGCUGCUCCUGCUGCACCUCUUUGACUCCUUCAAGCCGCCCACUCAGACCGCCGCCCUCUUUUACCUGCUCUCCUUCUGCAAGAGCGCCACCGUCCCCGUGGCGACCGUCAGCAUCAUCCCCUACCUCGUCAGCAGGGCGCUGGGCCUGCACGGCAAAAAGUCGCUGUGAGCCACACGGAGCACUGGACAGACUCCAAAACCAGGAAGUGGCGUAAAGACUUGGUGCUAAACGCGUUCAUGACAGAAGACAAGAACAACGGGACUGAACGGUCCCAUGAUGCCUUCAGGCACCUGCAAGACCUCAGCAGCACUUCCAACUCUGCUCUUACUUCGCUUAUUUUAUGAACUGUUGUUAUAUUUUGAAUGUUUUUCAUAAAAUCUUAAAAACAA